AGCCAUGACAGUCCUGGAUGCUCUGCACAGACACACACCCUUUAAGGAUUAUGCAGGAUGAUUUUAUUUUUUAUUGCAUGAGGAUUAUAUAGGUUUAUAAUAAAUUAUAUAUAUAUAGAGAGAGAGUUAAUUUCUAAUUCCUCAGUGAUCUCGGUUUUUUUAUUCGGAUCGGCACGUUUUCUGUUUGCAAUGGAUCUGCAAGCUUUCGCAUUUUACAGGAGGUUAUGGCACGUCAGAUUGCUGAUGUUUACCGCGCUAUGGGGUUUAGCUUCCACCGUGACGCGGUACUCCAUCCCGGAGGAAACUGCAGAAGGAACCGUGGUGGCGAAUUUAGCAGCAGAUUUGGGACUGGAAGCGCGCAGUCUCGUCGAGCGCAACGCGAAGCUCGACUACAUCCACAGCAAAAAAUACCUGGACAUUAACAAAGAGAGCGGAGAUAUGUUCGUGACCGAAAACAUUGACAGAGAGCACCUCUGUCCCGCAAAGACCUCAUCCUCCUGCUUCCUUAAAAUGGACGUUGUGAUCGAGAAUCCCUUACGCAUAUUUAAUCUCGAGCUGGAAAUCAUGGACAUAAACGAUAACGCCCCUCAGUUCAGGAGAGAGCGCAUCCCCCUGGAUAUCUCGGAAUCUGCGAGGGCUGGAGAGAAAUUCUCUUUAACAAACGCCGUGGAUGCUGAUGUUGGAGAAAACUCUAUCAAGACUUACUUCCUGGGCCAAAGUGACGAGUUCACCAUUGAGAUCCAAUCAGGAAGUGAUGGAACGAAAUACGUGGACCUCGUUCUCCAAGCGCCUUUAGACAGAGAAAAGCAGGCUGUCCAUAGUCUCAUCCUCACAGCCGUGGAUGGUGGCACACCGGCGCGCACUGGUACUGCUACUGUCAUCGUGAAAGUAUUGGACACCAAUGAUAAUGCUCCUCAGUUCGACAGGCAGGUGUAUUCAGUGGAUCUGGUCGAAAAUGCCCCGUUUGGUACGCUUUUUAUGCAGCUCAAUGCAACAGACAAAGAUGAAGGCACCAAUGCUGAGGUGGCAUACUCCUACACACUGUACACGUCUGAAAAAACACAGGAAAAAUUCUCGCUGGAUCCCACAAGUGGGGAAAUCCGAGUGAAAGGCGUGAUUGAUUACGAGGAGACUCAAAGUUUUGAAAUGUACGUCGAAGCUAAAGACAAAGCGGUAAGUCCACUUUCGGCACAAUGCAAAAUAUUGGUGUUUAUCACCGACUUAAACGAUAAUUCUCCUGACAUCAUGAUUAAAUCCUUUAAAAGAUCAGUUAAGGAGAAUGCACCUCUGGGAACGGUGAUAGCUGUGGUCAGUGUAAGUGACAGAGAUUCUGGAGAUAAUGGCAAAGUGUUUCUUUCUUUACGUGAUGCUGAGGUGUUGCCUUUUCUUCUUAACAAAUCAUCAUCCGAGGAUUACUUUGAACUGACUAUCAAAGAUCCAUUAGACCGUGAGAAAGACUCUAGUUAUGAGAUCACACUUAAUGUAAUGGACCAGGGAACUCCCCCACUAAGUGACAAUGAGACCAUUAGCUUGGAGAUCCUAGACGUCAAUGACAAUGCACCUGUGUUUCCCCAGUCAUUUUACAUGAUUCACCUCCAUGAAAACAAUGAGCCAGGUGAGCUUCUCUGCUCUCUCACUGCACAUGAUCCAGACCUGAGUGAAAACCAAUACCUGGUCUAUUUUAUAGUAGAGAAAGAGAUCUCCAACACGUCUGUGUCUACACUUUUCUCAGUGAACCCGGAAAAUGGGAACCUUUAUGCCCUGCGUGCCUUCGACUAUGAGCGUGAAAAGGAAUUUCUCUUUCACAUAGAAGCUCGAGACUCUGGUAUCCCAUCGCUCAGUAGCAAUGCCACAGUACAUGUAAUCAUUCUUGACCAGAAUGACAACGCGCCUCAAAUCGUGUCACCCUGGAGAGCUCACGAGACAGCUGUUGACCAGGUGAUUCCACGGGCUGCUGACCAGGGCUCACUGGUGACUAAGGUGAUCGCACUGGAUGCUGACUCAGCACAAAACUCACGCGUUACCUACCAAUUCCUCCAGGUCACUGAUGCAUCACUGUUUACUUUGGACCACUACAAUGGUGAGGUAAGGACCGCUCGCAUGUUCACCUACCGAGAUCCAAAACAACAGCGGCUCGUGAUUGUAGCCAAAGAUAAUGGAAAUCCUCCACGCUCGGCCACUGUCACCAUCAAAGUUUCCACAGUGGAACAAGUAUUGGUCACACAGUUAACAGAGACAACAGAGAUGCCAAUGGAAUAUGACCUGUUCACAGAUUUAAAUCUCUAUCUCUUGCUCAGUCUGGGGUCUGUGUCUUUUCUGCUCCUUAUCACCAUUCUGGUCAUCAUUGUGCUGAAAUGCCAGAAGCCCAAACCUUCCAAAGCAUCUGUUCAGAGCCGAAACAGUGUCGCCAGCCAGGGGAACUCAACUAUCGGUGACUCCACCCUCAUCUCCAGUGAUGCAUACUGGUACAGUCUGUUUUUAGCUGAAACACGGAAAGGAAAGGUGGUGGUUCGACAGCCAUUGCCUAACGGCACUGGCUUCAUCGUGUCCAGUAUACCACGGAGUGCUGCCCUUACAACCACCAGUGAAUCAAGAUCUUCCACACUGCAGGAAUCCAGCAGUGAUUUACCUUGAUCCUGAAUAUAAAUUACAUUUCAAAUGUGAGGAAAACGUGGUCUAGCUGGAGAACUCGUGAGAAUUCAGCUUUAAUAAAGACUUGUGGCACAUGAAAAACCUCAUCUGACUGACCGAUGUAUCUCUCAUCAACCUGUAAACGAAGCAGAGGCUUUGCAUGGCUAAGAAGACUUUGUAUCACUUAGAUAAGUCAUGAAAGCACUUUGACUAUUGAGAGGAAGAAGGAAGAUUGUUAAAAAGGUAAAGCCCUGGAUUUGUGACAAGAUGAGAAGAGACUCAUUCAAAAAAGUAUUUCUUUAUUUUUUUCGGUCUUAGAAAUGAACUUUAUUUAUUAUGCAUGCAAAACCAGGGCUUCUUUGGUCAUGCACGUUGAACUGAAUAAAAAUUCAUUGAACAUAAAAUAUAAUUUGAAGAGCACAAUUUCCUGAACCAGGCAUGUGGCUUGAUUGGAUAUAUGAUAACCUGGACAUUAUUAGUUGGAAAAAAACUUUCGAAAGUUAAGUUUGAUUUGUUUAGAAGUUUUCAAUGGCAUAAUAAAAUUAUGAUAACACCUAACAUUAUUUUCCAAUAACAUAUCGUCCACCCUUAUCUCUUGUAAAGUUAGUUCACAAGUUUCGAAUAAAUGAGGGUUACUUUAAAAAAAAUCAGUCCACAAAAUACUGAUAAUCAAUAGAGUACAAGCCCAUUAUCAAAAAUGUUGGGACACUGGGUAAAAUGUACAUAAUAUCAGAAUGCAGUGGUUUACAAAUCGUAUAAUCCCAUAUUUUAUUCACAAUAGAUCAAAUAUUUAAACUGAGGAAAUGUACUGUUUUAAGAAAAAGAAAAAUGGUCCCUUGGGGUACGCUGACUGUUAUAAGAAAAGGGAAUGCUACACAAUGGUAAACAUGGACCAGUCCCAACAAUUUAGAGAUGUGUUGCGACCACCAAAUCCAGAAUUACAAUAUAAAAAAAAUAGUACAUUUCCUCAGUUCAAACAUGUUUUCUAUGCUUUAUUGUGAAUAAAAUGUGGAUUUAUGAGAAGUCAUUGCAUUAUGUUUAUACAUUUUAUUCAGCUUCCCACUGAUGGGGUCAUAUAUAGCUCAGGUCAUAUAAAUGCUAACACUACCUGUCAGUAUACAAGACGUUUUACCGUCAUUUCAGAUCUGCUGCUUUCAAGACUACUUUAGUUUACAUACCAAGACCUUAAUCAAAUUUUUUAAACUCUGCUGCUUUCAAUGCGACUACCCAACAAAUCUGUGCAGAGAUGUGUGUAGCUAUGAAGCUUUAAAGAAGCAAUAAGUAGCAUUCAUAUGUUAAAAAAUGGUGUGUAUUUUAAGAGAGAGUUGCACAAAUAUAAUACCUUUACUAGUAUAAAGAGAGAGCGAUCAAUUUCAUACUCACUCGAUCAUUUAAUGAUAAACAGUGGUGGGUUUACUAAUCUUAAACACAAACUAAUUGUAUGUUUCAAUUAUUUCACACAAUCAUACUAAUUACUUAUCAGGAUGUUGGUUUGUACAUCUGAAACCAGUGGAAUAAUUUAGCAUUUCUUUAUUGCCAUAGUUGAUCAAAUCUCCUGCAAUAAUUGCUAAAAUGCAUAUUAGACAUCCAAAUUAUAGUUAAUAUGCUUAAAACAGUAUGUACCUGGUUGAUCAUAUGACUAGCAUACAGAAAACAUGACAUAACUUGAGAUUAAUGAGAAUAUUGUGAGUAAAAUACUACUUACUGCUUCUUUACAUAUGAUCAGACUGUUUUUCUAUAAAGAGCUGUAUCGCUUGGUAAUUUUUGCCAAACUUUAAGCAGAUUUUUGGAAAUGUUUUUUUAUUGUUUUAUACAUGUAAAAAGGGCAAACACUCAUGUAUAUAUGUAACAUUCAACCGAGAAGCGUAUUGUGUAUAUCGCUGCUUUGCGUUAAGUGCAUUACGUUCUGCGUUGUGUUCCUGCUGCAGUGUUUGAAAAUGCCAAAAUGAUAAAAAUGCCAGCUAUGUUAUAUGAUGGAAUAGAUAAGAAAAUAUGAAGCAGAUGAAAGAAAAUAAGUGGAAAAGAGAAAGACUGUGUAUUAAAAAAUUGGGUUAUGUAUUGCAGUUGUUAAAUCUGUAGUGAUUAUGAAUAAACAUGAAAUCAACCUCCUUAUAUUAAAAAUGUUUGGAUAUACUAAUAUAUUGUAUAUGAAAUUAUUGACACAUAUGUAUAUAUCGAAUCAACAAAUAUAUUUUGUGUAUUAAACUACACAUCUAUCUAUCUAUCUAUCUAU